UUCGAGGCUGUAGGUCAAUCCCUGCGCGUGCUUUUAUUGGAUCUGCUGCUGUCACUGAUGUUCUAAACGCGCGCUGUGCUUCAUCAGGAAACUCGCGACGCUCGAACGCCUUUCUUCUCAGAAAACGCUUUCUUAUCAGCGUUUGACAGCUUCACGUCUGUUUGUGAUCUUCUCUUCAUCUUAAAGAGCCGCCGGAGACAGAGUCGUAGGCCCGUGAUUGAGAGCUGCCGAUUAAUUCAGGAUUUGUGGACGCGCCGCUCUGGAGGUUUGGCUAACGGCUCGUUUGGCGUCAUAAAUGCCGAAUCGCGCGUUCUGCCGCGGGAUCGGAGCCGAUUUCAGCAGCCUGUUGAUGGAAUAAACGCACCGGUGUCUGUGACUUCCAAUGACUGUGACUGAAGAGGCAGUAAGCGAGGCCGUGCGGGCGUGUUUCGCGGCCGUGGAAGGAGAAUAACUGCGAAAACCCGCAGGCGAAAUGGAUGAAAGUGUCGCGUGAAUCGACGAGCAGCUUUAAAUCCGCCCGCUAAGAAACGGAGUUGCUGCGAGAAUGAAGAGAAACGGGCUCGAGUGAAUCAGAUGUGGAAACAGUGAGGGGGGGGGCGGGGGGAGCACCAUGAACAGAGUUUCUGUCUGAUCAAUAGAGUUCACAGAUCGGAUAUCUGUAUAAAUAUAUAUCUAUAUACAUACACAUACAUGUAUGUACAUAUGUGAGAAAAAGGGCGAUUAUCAGCGCAGUAAAAGAGGAGAGUCGCGUCGCGCUGCGCCGCGCCGCGCCGGGUGAAUGAUGGGCUGCGCAUCCAGCAUUCACAUCUCUGAUCGGGUGGUUUAUCACAGUGGGAAAGAGUCCGAGGAUUCGCACACACCGCAGCUGAACUGCCCCCCGCAGCCGGGUCAGAUCAAACCCAACGCCUAUAAGAAGAGCUUAACAGAGCUGCAGUUUGGACCAAUGAAGCUCUAUGAAGAUCAGCUACAGGUACUGUUAGUGUUUGCCAAAGACGAUGCUCAGAGUAACGGCUUCUGCUGGGCGUGCGAGCGGGCCGGGUUCAGGUGUAACAUAGCUCGAACACCAGAAGCGGCGCUGGAGAGUUUCCUGGAGAAGAACCAUGAUCUGAUUCUUAUCGAUCACAGACAUUCCAGACAUUUUGAUGGUGAAGCUCUCUGUCGUUCAAUCCGAGCCAUGAGCUGCUCUCUGAACACUGUGAUCGUGGCGGUUGUGAAAAGGCCGGAUCGUGAAGAAUCCACUGUGAUGCCCCUGAUAUCAGCUGGAUUUAACCGGAGAUUUAUAGAAAACUCCAACAUGAUGACCUGUUACAAUGAACUCAUUCAACUCUAUCAUGGAGAAAUACGAGCUCAGAUCAAACUCAGAGCCUGCAAUGCUGUGUUUACUGCACUGGAACAGAGUCAAGAAGCCAUCGAGAUUAGCAAUGAAGAUCAACUCAUACAGUACGUCAAUCCAGCGUACGAGUGCAUCAUGGGCUUUCAGCGUGGAGAACUUUUGAAGGAAAACACAGAAGUGCCUAAGAGUGAGAAAAACAAAGCUGACCUGCUGGAGACCAUCAACGCUUGUAUCCGCAGAGGAAAAGAGUGGCAGGGUGUUUAUUACGCCAAAAAGAAGAAUGGUGAUAGUGUGCAGCAGAAUGUGAAGAUCACACCAGUGGUCGGUCAGGGAGGUAAAGUCAGACACUGUGUGUCUGUUAACAGGCCUUUAAAUGAUAAUAACAGGACAGAAAAGUCUUGUGAGAGAGUUCAGGCGGAAUCACAGACAGAAGUUCAGCAGUCCAGCAAAUACAAAGACCGUAGGAAAGGUUCUUUGGAUGUCCGCUCAACAACCUCUCGAGGAAGUGACGGCAGUUCUCAGAGAAGACACUCAUCUAUGGCCAGAAUCCACUCCAUGACUAUUGAAGCACCCAUCACUAAGGUGAUAAACAUCAUUAAUGCGGCUCAAGAGAGCAGCCCGAUGCCUGUGGCCGAGGCUCUGGAUCGUGUGCUGGAAAUCCUGCGGACCACAGAGUUAUACUCACCUCAACUCGGUACUAAAGAAGAAGACCCUCACACCAGUGAUCUAGUGGGAGGUCUCAUGACCGACGGACUGCGCAGAUCAUCAGGAAAUGAGUACAUCUUAGCCACCAAACCACUGCAUCACAUGCCGAGUCACCUGACCACACCACUGUCACUCAAUGAUAUCCCAGCAUGCAUCGCGCAGACGAUGGAGAAUGAAGACUCAUGGGACUUUGAUAUUUUUAACCUGGAGUCAGCCACCAUUAAACGGCCAUUAACCUUUCUGGGCUUAAAGAUCUUCUCACGGUUUGGCGUUUGUGAGUUUCUCAACUGUCCGGAGACGACGCUUCGCUCGUGGCUGCAGGUCAUUGAAGCCAACUAUCACUCCAGUAACUCCUACCACAACUCCACACAUGCAGCAGACGUGCUGCACGCCACUGCAUACUUCCUGCGCAAGGAGCGUGUGAAGCAAAGUCUGGACCCCAUAGAUGAGGUGGCAUCUCUCAUCGCUGCCACUGUCCAUGACGUUGAUCAUCCGGGGAGGACGAACUCCUUCCUGUGUAAUGCAGGAAGUGAGCUGGCUGUACUGUACAACGACACGGCCGUGCUGGAGAGUCACCAUGCUGCCCUCGCCUUUCAGAUCACCACCAGAGACGAGAAGUGCAACAUCUUCAGGAACAUGGAGAGGAAUGAAUACCGGACACUUCGGCAGGCUGUUAUUGACAUGGUCCUCGCCACUGAGAUGACAAAACACUUUGAACACGUAAACAAAUUUGUCAAUAGCAUCAACAAACCGCUGGCUGCUCUGGAGGAGAGCGGGGGCAAUGAUGAGGAGGAGUCGGCCAAGGGCAUCCUGAUGGUUCCAGAAAACCGUAUUCUGGUGAAGCGAAUGUUGAUCAAAUGUGCUGAUAUCUCAAACCCCUGCAGACCGCUGGAGCUGUGCAUCGAAUGGGCUGGACGCAUAUCAGAGGAGUAUUUUGCACAGACGGAUGAGGAGAAGCAGCAGGGUUUGCCGGUGGUGAUGCCAGUGUUUGAUAGAAACACCUGCAGCGUUCCCAAAUCCCAAAUCUCCUUCAUCGAUUACUUCAUCACGGAUAUGUUUGAUGCUUGGGACGCGUUUGCUGAUCUGCCCAAUCUGAUGCAGCACCUGGACAACAACUUCAAAUACUGGAAGAGUCUGGACGAGCAGAAACUGCGCAGCCUGCGACCGCCUCCUGAAUGACACCCGUGAAGAACACUAGCCAUCAGCUCUGUUCGUUCGCUUUCGUUACACACGGGCAUGUCUGCGGAACGCUAUUUAUUUUGAUUUCUGUCAUAAAUCAAGCGGAGAAUCAUGUUAGAUUAUAAAUACUGAAACGAGAGUAUAAACACCAAAGUGAUUAACAGAAAUGAUCUGUAUUUUCAGAUUUAGAGACAUGAACACAUUUUAUUUUCUUAUCGACUGAAGCCGUUGAAAUCUUCCUGUUGUAUAUAGACUUAAGUGAUGCGACGGUCCCGUGAUGACGCUGUUCCCCGUCAGCGUAAAUCUGUGAAAAUAUUGGGACGUUUUUCUAUAUUGUCGAUCUACUGACGAGACCGCUGCCUUAUUUUCUACGGUAACGUUAUAUUUAUACAGCUCGGCACUCCGGUGACCUGCGACGGACAUCUGCAGUUUUUAACACGCUCACGUUGUAUGAAGUAAAUAUCAAUAUUUUUAUAGGUAAUGUAUUUUACACUGGACCGAUGUCAAGUGGAAGUGGACACAUCCGAGAUCACGCUCGUCCUUUUAUUUGACGUGUUCUGAGACAUUUGCUCCAUGACCCUGAAGAGAGUUUCAUUAUUCACACUCACUUGUUGUGUAUUUGGGAGCGCACAUGUUCACGCCACCACCAUCAUAAAGUUUAAUAUAUGACAA